CCAUGGCCUUCGGCUCCUACCAGUUGUUCUAUCAAGCUGGCUUAAUAUCCGUAUGCAUUUCCACAAUUACUAUCACCAUACUUGCAAUUGCAAUACCAGUGCUUUAUGUGAAAACAGGAGCGCAACAUACGGAACUAACACAGUAUGCGAAGAAAUUCAGAGACUCUUCUGAUAUGAUUUGGAAUGAGAUGUUCGAGCUGCGAGAGCAUGGACCUCCCGAAGUUCGAUUUUUCAGCAGAAAACCGAGAAAAGCUUGGCUUGAAAGUGGAAUAUGCAAGGGACAUACAAAUAUCGUAGUUUCUUUUGAUAUGGGAAAUACAGUAAUAUCCACGAAUUACCCUAAUCUUCCAGGAUGUUUCACACUGGCCUGCGCUAUGGGCCCACCUGGACCGCCUGGACCACCCGGUCCAGAUGGAAACCCUGAGCCAGAUCUCCCAUGUGUAGUCUGCCCUGCGGGACCUCCUGGAGUGAGAGGACCACAAGGAGAACGCGGAAUGACAGGACAUCCAGGCCAACCAGGAGAAGCAGGACCUGAUGGCUCUGGCGGCGGACCGGUAGGGGCAAAGGGCCCAGAAGGAGAUCAAGCGAUAGCUGGUGUAGGAAUCAAAGGACCAGUUGGACCACCUGGGCCACAAGGAAUGAAAGGAAGGCCAGGACCUCACGGAAAGAGCUCGAACAAUCCAGGAAACCCGGGCAGUCCCGGACCAGCUGGUCCUGCAGGCCCAAUGGGUGCAGAAGGACCGAUGGGAUUGGAAGGUCCUUAUGGUCCACCUGGUGAUCCAGUUCAAAAUAUUUUGGCUGAUGUUGUGACACGUUCUAAUUCGAAAUUCAAUGAAUAUGCACCUCCUCCUGGUGAAGCAGUUGAUGAAGAGGUCGCUACAUCACCGCCAAAAGUGAAAUAUGGCACUAUAAAGGAUGAUGGAUACGGUAGCCGUAGAUUCCACGACUUCACUGCAUAUGAACGUCGAAUGAGAAAGAAAAUGAUUAAGAAGCUGUUGAACAUGAAAAGGAAUCAUCAUUAAAA